AUGGAUCGCAAUCUAGCCACUGCUAAUCGUCUUCUUGUUGCAAAGUUGAAGCAGGAGUCUCCUGAUAAUGACACAUCUGAGCAGAGGCUUAUGCAGUUGACCAUGAAGCAUCCGGAGUACUCACAAGACUAUUCGUUCCCGUCACACUCCAGUGAAUGGCUUGUAUCCGAUGUUGGAAUGAAGACGUCGACGGAGAUGAACUCAACGGAAAUGAUAGCUGUUGACUGUGAGAUGGUUCUUUGUGAAGAUGGUAGUGAAGGUUUGGUUAGAGUCGGUGCUGUUGACCGUGAUCUAAAGAAAGAAUUGCAGCCCUUUCUUUCUAGUGGUGUUAUUUUGGUGGGUCAUAGUUUGAACUCUGAUAUGAAAGUGUUGAAGAUAGAUCAUCCUAAAGUAAUUGAUACAUCACUUGUGUUCAAGUUUUCCAAUGAACAAAAGUCCAGAAAACCUUCUCUUAAUGACCUUUGCAAGGCAAUUUUUGGUAACGAAGUCCGUAAAGAAGGUGUUUCUCAUGAUUGUGUAGAAGACGCAAUAGGUGCGAUGAAAAUUGCACUUGCUUAUAUAGAGAAACGAGUUAACACAAUGAUUUCACCAACUAAAGAGAUGCUGAAGGCCGAGAAAGCAAGACUCUUUCUUCAUAGGAUCCCUCGCUAUGUGCAAGCUGAAAAACUGAGCCUUGCUCUCGCUGGAGGUUUUCGUUCCGAAGAGUUUAAAGUUAAUGUCAAGUCAGCAAAGACACAGGGAGAUUACUAUUCUGCAAUUAUUGUUUUCAACAGUGCUGUAGAAGCUGAUCAAGCGUUUCAAAACUUUAAUGGAUGCAUACAGAGGGUAAAUUUAGAAACUCUUACUUUGUCGAUGAUCGUAAGUUUGGAAGUGAUGGAAUGUGUUUGGAUUGACUUGCCUUGA